AACUCAGACUAAGUAGCAAUUUUCGGGGAAAAAAAAAUAAGAAAAGAAAAAAAAUGUAUGACUUAUCAUAUAAAGAUAUCAACAUUAGUCUACGGCAAGUACUACAAGCGAUACAGAAACACACCGAAAUUCAAGAACAGAUCCAAAUAUUAGCACAACAAGCAAGGGAAGAGAAUGAACGCCGCGCUAAAGAAAUCAAACUGCUAAAACAAGCAGUUGCCGAAAUAAAGCUGGUUCUUACAAAUAAAAAAAUAAUUAAGUCCAAAAAUUCUAAAUCUGUCACGAAGACCACAAAGAAAACCGUGAAAUCGAGAAAGAAGGAUCGUAUACCUGCAGCGAGCACACCCGAAACGAUAUUUGAUCCUAAAAGCGAUAACAAUGGCGGAGACCAAUACUACAACGAACCACAACGCCAGAUUAUGUUAUCAGCGGAAGAUGCAAUAAGAUUUAUACCAACUUUAAACGGUGACGAUGAUGUUGGAGUGGAAGAGUUCAUAAAAGAAGUACAUGCUAUGCGAAUGUGUUGUUCACAAAAGGAUUUGUUAUUGAAAGCCAUAAAAAUCGAUAAGAUAGUCGGUAAAGCCGCGCGCUGUAUUCGACACAUACCUAUUGGAAAUUAUGAAGAUUUAUAUAACACUUUGAGAUCCAACGUAGUAGUUGAUGUAACAUCUGACGAAUACGAAGAACAAUUACGCGAUUUGAAACAGGGACGCCACGAAUCUGUUCAAAGUUUCAAUAUCCGAUUCCGCUGCAUAUUGAAUAGACUUAUAUAUGCAAUAAUUAGUGAAAAUCUACAACCAAUUACAAGACGAAUAAUGAUUGAAGCCACCAUGAGGAAAGUAAGUCGAAUUUAUUUAAAAGGACUUCGACGCGACAUAGGACGCAUACUGUUAGCUGGUAAACUAGAUUCGUUGUACACAAUAGAAAAAAAAGCCGUAGACGUUGAAAGAUACCUACAAGAAGAAGAAAAGGGAUGGAGGACAGAUUCUCGACCAACAGCAAGUGACCGACCAUUACCUACCACACCUAACAAUAAUCCAGUCAACAAACGCGUUUCACCGUUUUCUAAAACGGAACGUUUAGCUAAGCGACAAGUAAGAUGUCCCAAAUGUGAUGAAUUGGGACAUGUUGAGAAAAAUGUGCGUUGACCACGAGACUAGUCUUGGCCGCGAUUUAAACAAAUAUUUUAAUACUUUGUAACUUCGCUGCUUCAUUGUAAUAUUGUGCUUUACCACUUUUGUGACUAAAAAUAUAAAAUAUAUAAAAAUAUAAAAGGACAAUCAGGUUAAGCUAUUGGUCAGCUCUUCCUUUUUUUAUCACGAAUUUUACAUGAU